AUGUCUUCUCUCAACAUUCUACACUUCAACCAGUCUGGCCCCACUGAGUUUGUGUUCCGGAUGCUCACUACUUCCCCCAGGAUCCAGGUCCUUCUCUUCUGCUUCUUCCUUCUCCUCUGUGUGAUGAUCUUAUGUGGAAAUACUAUCAUCAUUUGCAUUGUAUAUAGCCAUAGCUCUUUGCACACACCCAUGUACUUCUUCCUAUCCAACCUCUCCUUCCUGGAGAUCUGUUAUACCACUACUGUAGUACCAUUAAUGCUUUCCAACAUCUUUGGGUCCCAGAAGCCCAUCUCAUUGGCUGGUUGUGCAACUCAGAUGUUCCUGUUUUGCGCCCUUGGUGGUGCUGAUUGUUUUCUGUUGGCUGUCAUGGCAUAUGACUGAUAUGUGGCCAUCUGCCAUCCCUUACGCUACACCCUCAUCAUGAUCCAGAAGCGAUGUAUUCAGCUAGUGGUUGGUUCUAUGACCCUAGCUCUUCUCUUUAACCUUCAGCUCACAGUACUUAUCUUUACUUUGCCAUUCUGUGGACAUAUCCUGGAAAUCAACCAUUUCAUGUGUGACGCCCCACCUGUCCUACGCCUGGCCUGUGGGGAUACCAGAUUGCACCAAGCUGUUUUAUUUAUGGUGGGUACCUUUGUACUCACUGUCCCUUUCCUGCUCAUCUCCAUCUCAUAUAUCUUCAUCGCCAUCAGCAUUCUACGUAUCCAGUCUGCUGAGGGACGUCGACGUGCUUUUUCAACCUGCUCUUCACAUCUCUCUGUGGUAUUACUGCAAUAUGGAUGUUCUAGUCUGGUCUACAUGCGUCCAAGAUCCUCUACCUCUGAGGAUGAGGAACGACAGCUUGCUUUGGUUUAUACUUUUGUCAUUCCUCUGCUCAACCCCCUCAUUUAUACCCUGCGGAAUAAGGAUGUCAAAGAUGCCCUGAAAAAAUCCAUGAGCUUCAAAAGGACUUCUUAA